AUCUGUAUACUUGUUUCAGAACAUAACAAGGUUUUUUUUUUCAGUCAAGGUUUUUUGUUUAUUAUUGUCAUUUGUAUUAUUUUUAGUAAUAAUAAUUUCCUAUAAUUAUUACCAAGUUUGGAAUUUACUACUUCAAAGGCUGGAACUUAAGAAGAAGAUAGAGUAGUGAAUUGGGAUUGAUUAAUAAUCAAAUAUUUAUUCGUGUGUCUUUAUCAACCAGAAGCAUAUGCUUUUAUACUUAUCUUUGUCAUUAUAAUCAUUAAAUAUGCUGAAUACUAUAAUAACAGCAAAUGAAAUUACAUUGCCACCCCUAAGGACAAGAAUUUUACAAUCACUAUCAACAAAACCAAGAUUGGCAAGAUUAAAGGAUUUUGAAGUGAUAGAGAAGUUGGGUCAAGGUACAUUUGGGGUUGUUCAAAAGGCAAAAGAUAAGCAAACUGGAGAUUUAGUGGCUAUAAAACAAUUACUUAAUCAUUCAGCAAAGGAAGGAUUUCCUAUAACUGCCUUAAGAGAAAUAACAAUUUUAAAACAAUUACAUCAUGAAAAUGUAUUAAGUAUAAGCAAAAUCAUCUUUGAAGAGCCAAGAUUAAGUAAUCCAGAAGCGAUCAUUAAUACUAGAGGUUGUUUUUAUACCGUUUCACAUUAUAUGUCCAGUGAUUUAGUUGGACUACUUGAAAAUCCAAAUGUUAACUUGAAGUUAACUCAUAUAAAAUGUAUCAUGGAACAACUACUAACAGGUAUAAAUUACAUUCAUCAACAAAGAUACUUACAUAGAGAUAUAAAAGCAGCUAAUAUUUUAAUAGAUUCAGCCGGGGUAUUAAAAAUUGCUGAUUUUGGUUUAGCUAGAGUAUAUCAUGGUCAUACUCCAGAAUUAGCCUUGGGACCAGGUGGAGGUGAAAGAAAUUAUACCGGUUUAGUGGUUACUAGAUGGUAUAGACCUCCAGAAUUAUUAUUAGGUGAAAGAAAAUAUACUACUGCUGUUGAUAUGUGGGGUAUUGGUUGUGUGUUUGCAGAAUUAUUUACCCGUAAACCAAUAUUGGUAGGACAAUCUGAUGCUCAUCAAGCUCAACUUGUAUUUGGUUUAGUUGGUUCACCAGCUAGUUGGACUCAUGCUGCUUCAUUACCAAAUAAAAAUGAUUAUGCUAUUGGAUUAAAUGGUUCAAGAACUUUGGAAUCAAAAUAUGAGGGUAUUAUACCUGAAGAUGGUAUAAGACUCUUAAGUGGUUUAUUGACACUAGAUCCAUAUAAGAGAUAUAAUGCUCUUGAUGCUUUAAAUCAUGAAUUUUUCAGAAAUGAACCACUUCCUAUGCGUCCUGAAGAAUUACCUAAAUUUGAAGAAAGUCAUGAAAUUGAUAAAGAGAGGUUCAAGAAAUUACGUGAGUCAAUCAAAUCAGGUUAUCAAUCAACAACUGUAAAUGCUAACAAUAAUAAUAACAACCAUUCCUAUGUGACUCCAUUUGGUGGAGAAAAACAUGAAAGUAGCUAUGAACAAUCAACAGGAGCGAAGACUUCUGAACCACAAGAGUUUGACUACGGAAGAGAUAACAGACAUGAUACUUAUAUACCCAAAAGUAGAUCCAAUCAUGAUAGUUACAAUCGUACUAGCAAUAGUACAAACGGUGAUGGUGAAUCUGAAAGAAAUCCUAGAAACGCCGAAAGUUCGAUUAGUACCAAUCACAGAGAGUAUUAUUUAAGCUACAGUACCAAGCCUGCUCCGAAGGCUCCAAGUUCGAACACCACUACCACUACCAUAACUACCACGACUACAACUACGACCAAUACUACUACGGACAGUAGUACACCAACGAAACCUUCUCUUCCAGGAGUAAAGUCAAUACAUAAAGAUUCAAAGACUCCAGGUUCGAAUUUGAACUCGCCUACAGCGGAUAAAUUUUUAAAGGUUGAAAAUGGAUUUGUAUCAAAUAGAAGCUCACCAUAUGUCGGAGGUAUGGAAGGUAUAUCUAGACCUAAAACGCCAAAAUUGGUUUUACAGGAUAAAGAAGGAAAUGUAACUAGACCAAGCUCAAAAUCUGGAAGAAGUUUGUCGUCUUCAGGAAGUGUCACAACAGAGGAGCCAGUGAAAGUUAAAGUGGAGGCUGUGAGAAUGCCAGAGAAACGGAAACCAGCCCCACAAGAAAAGGAUGCAUUGUCAUUCAUCAAGAAGUUACAUUUAAAAUCACCAAGACCAAAAGAUAACGAUUCUGGCAGUGAUUCGUCGGCAUCAUCCAAAAGUAGUGCAUUAAGAAAACCAUCAGCGAAACUUAAACAAAUUGCAUCUAAUGUAUCAAGUAAAUUUGCUAAUAAGGAUCGUAAGAGACCAUUAAGUCAAUCACCAACUGAAUUCAAAAAGAAAGCAAGGUUUGAAGUUGAUGAUGACAGUGAUCUCAGUGAAGGUGAAGAUAUCGAUAGCAAUGAUGCCAAGACCCUUAGUGACUUUUUGGAUCGUAAUGCAUGGAUUAAAGAACCAGAGUAUAGAAAGUUCUGUUAUGAGCUUAUAAGAUUUCAAAGCUCUGAAAAUUAAAUUUUUCCACCACCAUUGUAAUAUUAGUAGUACAUAAGAAUAUAUAGUGUCAGCUGUGUAAUUCAACUUGAGUUACAUUUUUGUAUAUAACAGAGUUAUUCUUAACGAACGAUUUUUUCGCAAACGAUAAUGAUUAAUAUAGAAUUCAUAAUAGAUCUCAAGAGAUAACUUUUUGUAAAUCCAAUUUUGGAUGCAUUUACGAUUAUGCGAAUUCGGAUGAGGGCCACACCAUAGUACGGAAAGGUGCA